GCAACGUUUCAGCGGGCCAUGAAUAUGGCCUUCGCUGAGUUCGUUAACAAAACCCGACUAACCCAACCCCUGAUCAGUUUCUGCGUGAUUGUGUACAUGGAUGAUAUUUUUGUCUUUUCAAAAGCACACGAGUACCACGUGGAACACAUUGAGUGGGUUUUGCAUGCACUGAAGGAUGCGGGGUUCAAAAUGGCCUUGGAGAAAAGCGAGUUCUUCUUGUCGGAGAUCUCAUUCUUGGGGUACAUCGUCAUGGUCGAUGGACUAAAACCGGAUCGGAGGAAGGUGGUAGCAGUUCAAGAAGCCCCGGCGCCGGUCACACUCACCCAGGUGUUGAAGGAGGCUCUGACAUCUGCUCCUGUGUUGGCGCGUCCCGAUCCGGCAAGACCGUUCGCACUGUACACCGACUGGCAGCCUCAGGCGAUAUCGGCGGUGCUGACUCAGCACGGGGCAGACGGAAGGGAACACGUCAUUGAGUAUGCAUCCAAGACACUGAGCGAGGCGCAGGCAAAUUACGAAGCGUGCAAAGGCGAACGCCUGGCGGUGGUGAGGGGGGUCCAGCAUUUCCGGCCGUAUCUUUACGGCCAGAAAUUCGUGGUGGUCACGGAUCAUCAGCCGCUGCUGUCCCUACGCAACAACACGGACUACACGGGGAUGCUGGGCAGGUGGGCGGUGCGUCUGCAAGACUAUGAAUUCGACAUCCGCCACCGUGCCACGCGGCAGCAUGGUAACGCCGAUGGAUUGACGCGCCUCCUGCCGCCCAACAAGUGUCCCGCCAACGAGCGACUCAUUCCGUGGAGGCCAGAAGUCGCGGCGACGAAACCUCACUACGGGGAGCUACACGGACCGACGUUACAAAAACGGAAAGUUGAUGAUGACGGAGGGACUAGCUGGUUGACGGUUCCGCACCCUUUUGCUAGGUUCGAUUGGACGCGAGCCGCUCAUGAAGAGGAUGAGGUCCAUUUCGCAGUCAAGUACACGGAAAAAGUCAUCGAAAAGAACGGAUGGUACUGGUCGGGAAUUCGGGAAGACGUGAAAUACACCGUUCAAAAUUGCCCGGCCUGCGCGGCGGACAAGGCGCCGGUACAGAUGCCUCGGACGAUGGUGCCCACUCGGGUAGACCGCCCCUUUCAGAGGGUUAGCAUCGACACGACGGAUAUCAACGUUUCGAGAGGUCCCGUCGAUCAGGGAGAGCUCAAUGUUCUUUUAGUGGUCGUCGAUCAUUUUUCGAAAUGGAUAGAGGCGUACCCAAUGACCAGCCGGAAUUCGCAGGAAGUAGCCCUGUACGUAAAUCGAUUUUUGUGCAUGCAUCUAGACGUAGAAGAGGUACACAUGGACAAUGGGUCGGAAUUUCAAGGCGAAGUAGAACGUCACCUAGUCAGGGCGGACGUUAAGAUUAUCUACUCGCCGGGGCAUUGGCCUCAAGCCAAUGGCCUGGUAGAGAAUGCCAAUCGACUGAUUAAGACCGCCCUUAGACGGAAUAUCACCGCGGGAGACACCCGGCCUUGGCCGGUCAUUGUCGACCACAUCUUGGCCGUUUAUCGGGCUACCCCACACGGUAGUACUGGGAUGUCCCCCUUUCAACUGAGAACCAAUAGUGUCCCUCGGGUGAAAUUGUCCCCCGUAGUAGGUACGGAAGUUAGAGCAACACGGGCCCAGAACCGAGAUAAGGCCUGCCACUACAUGGACUUAAUGGCUAGGGCCUACCCCCCGUUAGCUCGACGUCGACAGCAGGCCGUAGAUCGGACAUAUCAACGGCAGAUCCGUGACUACGAGAAUCGACACGCGUCGGCGGGACCACUGCCCCGCUAUAAAGUUGGGGACUUGGUGGAGGUACGGAAAUCUGCGCGCUCCUCCAAGAUCCACCCGCGCUACACAGGCAUUUACGAGGUCACGGAAGUUGGCGCACAGGGACAGCACUUCGUGAAGCUGAUUCCCCGGAGCAGGAUGAACCAUCGCCAGCCGGAGCAUGAGCCCCUCGAGCAUUUCCAGACGCCGCUUGCAGAUUGCUUGUUGCAGCAUCGGUUCAAUGAGGAAAGGCAGUUGCGGUACGACAUUCAACAUGUGAACGUGCGAGCGCCCGGGGUUGUUGAUUUGGCGGCGUACUCGUUGCUUGGCGAUCGACUGACGUAUGUGGGGGUGUACGUGGACGUGACGCAGUUGCCUGGUCGGGAGACGACUCGAGUCUUCAUUGAGUUCCGCAUGCUCCAGGUGGCACCCAACAUCGUGCACAACGUCUCCACCUUUAUCGGCGACUUGACGAUCCUACCGCAGCCGAAUCGGGAGCCGACGUGAAGUUUUGUGUGCGAAUACGCGGUGGAAGCGGCCAGAUCAGUGGCCAGAUUGCAAGGACGGGGGGGGCACCGAUUCACAACCCACGAA